CGCAUCCUACCAGACCAUUGAAGGAAGACUGCUCUAGAACAAUAUUCGCCUAUGUUAGAUCCUUUAUAUCUGAAUUAUGGCGUUAGUCGUCGGUAUGAACAAAUUACCUAUUCUGAUAGAGUCAUUGCACAAGUGGAGGCCAUAUUGUAAUCCUGUGUUCUGGAUGAUUAAAAACAGCAUAUUAACCAAAAACGUAUGGCCUUGUAUGGAUAUCUACACAGAUGAUAUUUGUAACCCAACAACUGUAGUCGGAGCAGCAAACAACUAUCACGAGGCACCGUUUGAUAGAUCCUAUUUCAUGUUCUCCACCAAUAACAACAAACUAGAAGCAGUUUUGAAUGCAGCUGGAGUGAUUGACUGGGACAAAGAACAGAUUCCGUUUGACUCGAUACCAAUGUCUAAUUUCCAAAUGAUUCAGGAUGCUGCCACUGCAAAUGGAUUUCAACUGAUUUACCACCAAGCUUGGCAAUUUUAUCUUUUGGAAAAGAAUGAACUGUGUGCAAACAUCGCGGAUAAACCACUUCCAGAUGGAUUCCAAUUUGGAUGUCUUAGAAAUGAACACAUCCCCCUGAUAGAAGAACGAUGGUGGCGCAACAAUGAUGUACCUCCAACAAUUCUUUCAGAGACUUUAAAGUAUCAUAAAUUCCAUGCUGUAUUUGAAUCAAAUGGGUCACCCAUUGCAUGGGGAAUAUUUAAAGAAUGUGGUGACUUGGGAUAUGUAUUCUGUGAGCGUAGAUACCGAGGGUCCGGUGUACCUGAAAAAAUGUUUGCUAGUAUGUGCAUGAUGUCAUUGAAUGAAGGUAUUAUACCAUACACCGUACUAGAUACUCGUAAUAUACAUUUGGUGAAACACCUCAGAAAUUUGGGAUUUCGAGAAGUAAAAAACUUUGAUGUCGCAGCAUCCAUCAUGAUAAUAACAUUUGUAUUCGGGCUUAACAUGUUGAUAGUUAUAUCGUGCGGUCAGCACCCUGGAAAUCCCCCUGAUGGCUCAUGUUUAUAUUGUGAAGAUGUAUUCUUUGAUAAUGGGGAAUGGAAUGGUAAUUGCGACGAGGAGGUGUCUUGUGCAGAUUUCCCAGAAGAGGCAUCAAAAGUCAACUCCAUUGCAGCUGAAGACAUAGUAAGUAAAUUGAAAUGUAAGAAACCAGCUGAACAGUCAAAAGGGAAAGGGACUCCUCAGAAAACUGACAAUUGUCAAUUGUGUGAUGUCAGCUUUCGUGAAGAUGACUGGGUGACUAUCAACUGUCGUGUUUUGACGUGCCCAGUAGUCCUGGCAGAUCACAUUGAGUUUGGACCAGACGCCACUGAGGAAAACAAAAUACGUAAUAGAAUAUGUAAAAAUCACAAGAAUGGUGAAAUGAAUCACUAUACAUGUAAAUAUCAACCGGAAAAUGAAGAUCUGAUUCUAUAUUUUAAAAUUAUGGCAUCAGUUGUCGUUAUGAACAAUUUACAUAUUCUGAUAGAGUCGUUGCACAAGUGGAUGCCAUAUUGUCAUCCUGUGUUCUGGAUGAUUAAAAACAGCGUAUUAACCAAAAACGCGUGGCCGUGUAUGGAUAUCUACACAGAUGAUAUUUGUAACCCAACAACUGUAGUCGGGGCUGCAAACAACUAUCACGUGUCGCCGUUUGAUAGAUCGUAUUUCAUGUUCUCCACCAAUAACAAAAGACUGAAAGCAGUUCUGAAUACAGCUGGAGUGAUUGACUGGAACAAAGAACAGAUUGUAUUUGAAACGAUACCAAUAUCUUGUUUCAAAGUUACCCACAAUGUUGCCAUUGCAAGAGGAUUUCAAAUGAUUUACCACAAAGUUUGGCAUUUGUUCCAAAUGGAAAAUAACGAAAAUUGUGCGAGAAUCGGCGAUAAACCACUUCCGGAUGGAUUAUAUUUUGCUAGUCUUACUAAUGAACAUAUCCCUCUGAUAGAAGAACGAUGGAGAUUCAACAACAGGACGCCUCUACCCAACCUUCAAGAGACUUUAAAGUACCAAAAAUCCCUUUCUAUAUUUGAGUCAGGUGGUUUGCCGAUUUCAUGGGGCGUCUUUAAAGAGUGUGGUGAAUUAGGUUAUGGGCACUGCGAGCCAAACUACCGAGGGACGGGUAUAUAUAGUAUAGGACUGGCCAAGAUGUGUAUGAUGUCAUUAAAUGAAGGUGUUGUACCAUUAGCCAUAAUAAAUGCUAGCAAUAUACCUUCAGUGAAGAGUGCAGAAAAUCCACCAUUGCUAUCUGCACGCCCUUCGUAUCUACAAGGAGGACAUGCCGGUGUUCACAUUUGGUAUGGGGGCCGUACAGCUAAUGUAAAGAAAAUAAACAUCCAGGUGUAUCACUAUGAUGUUCGAUCUCUGACAAAGCAACAAUUGGUCUGUCUACCCAUAGACCCAGGGUCUAUGGUCUACCACACCUGGAUCCCAGCAUACAGAGUGCCACAAAGUCACACUGGCUGUACCACAACCCAACUACACCAAAUACUGGCUGUACCUCAACCAAACUACACCAAAUACUGGCUGUACCUCAACCCAGCUACACCAAAUACUGACUUCAACCUAGCUACACCAAAUACUGGCUGUACCCCCACCCAACCACACCAAAUACUGGCUGUACCCCCACCCAACUACACCAAAUACUGGCUGUACCCUCAACCCAGCAACACCAAAUACUGGCUGUACUUCCACCCCAGCAACACCAAAUACUGGCUGUACCUAAAUCAAACUACACCAAAUACUGGCUGUACUUCAACCAAACCACACCAAAUACUAGCUGUACCACAACCCAACUACACCAAAUACUGGCUGUACCUCAACCAAACUACACCAAAUACUGGCUGUACCUCAACCCAGCUACACCAAAUACUGACUUCAACCCAGCUACACCAAAUACUGGCUGUACCACAACCCAACUACACCAAAUACUGGCUGUACCUCAACCAAACUACACCAAAUACUAGCUGCACCUCAACCAAACUACACCAAAUACUGGCUGUACCCUCAACCCAGCUACACCAAAUACUGGCUGUACCUCAACCAAACUACACCAAAUACUGA